AUGGAAAGCGCGUUAGGUGAGCAGCGGGCAUUGCAGCCUUACCAGUUAUCCUCUGCGUGCGACGCAUGCCACUCUCGAAAGGUUCGCUGCGAUAGGGAUUAUCCUUGCGGAAACUGCCAGGACCAGGGGACCGCCUGCACCCACCAUCGAAGAAGGCGGCGUCUGCCGAAGAGACCAGCGCAUCCGACGAAGAGAAAGGCCAAGGUAAGCCAUGAGGACCGAAAUUCUUCCGAGGCAUUUUUCGAAGCUUGCGAUUCCCUGCAAGGACCAGCCGCAGAGGAACUGGGAGACUUUGGUGUCGGUGGUGUUCUGUGUGAAACGAAUUUCAACUUGCCCGGCCAGGUUUUGGAACAGCACGUGCUCUGGGGUUCAAACAUGAUGAACGACUUUCGUAGUUGGAUGUCGGUAAUCCCACUCACCGAUGCUCAGUUAGGGAAUCAACGUCAACUGGAAUGCCUUGGAGGUCUUGCCUGGACUAAGCAGCACGCUAUUGAAUCCGCCCUGUAUGUUGCGCGACAAGCUUUAAAUCGUGUGGAGGCGUUGGAAAAUCUCCUUGCCGACGGCAGUAAUGCAGGAGAAAUCUGCGACGACGUGCCUUCGGUGGAGUUCCUUGCCUGGAUAGUAAAAGACGUGGGUAGUGACAGGUUUGGAUCGUAUGUAUUGGAUUACUUCAAACACAUAUCCCUGUCGACUCUGAAGCGCAUGGAGCUGUCCUUGAUCAACAACGAUGCAUCAUCCUCUGACUCCAUCCUUUUCACGGUCUGCGUCAAUGCCGUGGCUUGCAAGUUUCUUACUACAGUGUUGAUGGCCGAUGACCAUGGCGAGCUCUCCAGAGAGAUCCGCACAAAGGCAUUUCGGUACCGAACUUCGGCUCAGAGAGCACUGAAGAAUAUUCGCUUGUUAACUGCACCCUCCCUUGCUCUCCUACAAGCCCUUCUAUGUGGGCGCUCCGGUGACACGCAGCUCUGCAGUGAGCUGACACGGACUGCCUGUAGGGUUUGUGUUGAUCUCUGUCUCCCUGAUGCAGUAAAUCGACAGCAAGCCAGUGAAGAAGAGUACUACUGCGUUAUGUGGUGCUACAUGCUGGACAGAAGCUAUGCCUGGAAACUCGGGAGAUCUCGAUAUUUUCCUGACGUCAAUUUAGAAGCUAACAAGCGGGAUUCGUUGCUGAACAAUAUUCCAGUCUCCGAUCUUCUUCAGGUCUACAUGAAUCUUGCUCAAGUGCAGGAUUCUAUAAUCCCUUUUCUCGGAAACCUCCCUUCUUCGCACGGGGAGGAUUUUCCUUCAUUCUACCUGCUACGCGAGCAGCUGAUCCCUCAAAUGGAAGAUAUUCGAAGUAAAAUAGAGCAGAUUGCUUUGCCUUCUCCGAAGUGGAGGGGUCUAGAUGUACACAGUGAAGUCGCGGCGCUGAACUUCGCCUAUCAUUCUGUCAUGACAACCAUUCUCCAUUUAUCUCAAGUAGUCCCGAAUCAGCAUCCGGAAGCUGGGAAACUAUAUCUUCAGUCUGCCCGGCAGGAACUAUCAGCUCUAAUAUCUAUGUGCCGCUCAAACGACAAUGAGAACACUGCAGCUUUUUUGCAUUGGUGA